CAUAGUGUUAACACACUUCCUCUUUAACAUGAAAGUGUUUGAAUGCAGACGAAGUCCUGCUUAGAGAGUCAGAGGAUUAGUUUUUUAUGCUAUUUGUGUCUGGGAGACUGUAGGUUUGAACAGAUUUCUGCAGAAGUAUUGUGGUGGUGUAGUAUAUGUGUAGCUGGCAGAUCAGUAAGUAGAGUGGUUGUUGUAGUGGUUGCUGCAGUGCUGUUACUGUAUGUAGUGAGGAAGUUCUGUGAUUCAGGAAGAAUGCAGAACAGUUUUUAUCUGCUGCUUGUGCUCCAUGUUGCAGAAGGCUGCAUAUUGAAAGACCAUGGAAAGACAAAACACAUUAUUGCAUACACAGGAGGGUCAGUACUGCUGCCCUGCUCCUGCACUGACCUACACACCACACCUGAGAGAGUGACCUGGAUGAAAAAGCACAAAAACAAAGACAAAUGGGAAGAGAUAUCCAGUGAGAGUGGUCAGUACAGAAACAGAGUUCAGCUGGUUAAUGGUCACUCUCCAGGAAAUCUCUCUCUACUCAUAUCACACCUGACUGAAGAGGAUGAGAGAACGUAUCAGUGUAGUGGUGGAUACAGGGGAUAUAUCUACAUCAUACUCACUGUUAAAGGCUGCACUCUAGAAACCACAACAGAAAUGCUGACUAUCAAAGCACAUACAAGAGGAUCAGUACUGCUGCCCUGCUACUGCACUGACCUAAACACAAGACCUAAGAAAUUCACCUGGAAGAAGAACAGCAAAAGAGGUACAUGGCAAGAAAUAUCCAGUGAGAGUGGUCAGUACAGAGACAGAGUUCAGCUGGUUAAUGGUCACUCUCCAGGAAAUCUCUCUCUACUCAUAUCACACCUGACUGAAGAGGAUGGAGGAGAUUACAGGUGUGAUGCUAUGAAAAGUGGAUCCAUAUACAUUGGACUAACUGUUGAAGUGGACCCAGCUAAAACUACAAUUACUCCAGUGGUCAAUGACAGAACCAGUCCAGUCACUUCAACCAACUCUUCUUCAACAAUGUCUUUGCAACAUGAUGUAUCCAGUCCAUCAGCCAUGGAUUCUAAGUUCUUCAUUUAUGCUGCUGUGGGGGGCUUACUGCUGUUGUUGGUCCUCAUUGGGGUCAUAUACUGGAGAUACAAAGCUCAGAGACAAAAGCAGAUGGAGAGCUGUGAGAAGAAAAUGGAAUGGAAAAGAGAUCGGGAGACACAGAAUAAUUGUGAAGUGCUGUACGAUGCUAUAAAUAAAGAAGACAACUGCAAAAAAGUUGAAGAAAACGAUGAUGUGACGUAUUCUACUGUAGUCCACAGCAAAAGAUCAACACCAGCAACUGUACUGUUAGACACUGAAGAAACUACUGAAUACGCCAGCAUCAAACUGAAUUAACACACACACACACACACACACACACACACACACAC